UUGCUUAUUUAUUUCAGUGGAAAGUUAACACACACACACCUACAUAUACCACACAAGAUAACAUAUAUACACACAUUUCAUAUUAACACACACUCUCUCUCUCUUUCUUUCUCUCGCUCUCAAUCUCUCUCUCUCUCACACACACACACACACACAUAUAUAUACACAUUCAAAUACGUACAUACAAACACAUAUAUUCACUCGCGUUUACAAAUCUAUGUUCUUAGUAUAAACAUGUGAAUUUAACAUAAAACCGCAUGACUCACGCCAUAAGUUGGCGAUCCACAAUAUACACUCUCUCUCUCUCUCUCUCUCUCUCUCUCUCUCUCUCUCUCUCUCUCUCUCUCUCUCUCUCUCUCUCUCUCACUCUUUCUCCACUCACUGGACAAGUUAUUCUGGAGGGGACGUAUUUUUAAAGCCAGUCUGUAAGUUUAGUAAAGCGAGCUAUACAUAUAUAUAUAUUUAUUUAUUUAUAUAUAUACAUAUACAUAUAUAUACAUAAAUACAAACAUAUAUAUAUACUGUGUAUACCACAUGUAUGCCGAUAUAUACCAAUCAUAUUUUAUAUUUGCAUAUAUUUAGAGAUAUUUAAAUAUAUAUAUAUACACACACACACACAGACGCACACACACAUACACACAAACACCUCUUUUUACAUGUGUAUGUGUGUGUAUGCGUGUAUCGUACCGAUACCCACAAUAAGAGGACAACGGAUUUCGAAUGUACAGUUGCAUAUAUAUAUGUACACACCCACUCACUCAUACACAAACAGGUUCUUCAGUUCACGAAUAUAUAUAUAUAUAUAUAUAUGUAUAUGCGUUGUAUAUAUGUAUGUGUAAAGACAUGUAUUCUCAUAGGCAUAUAUAUAUCUAUUAUACAUAAGUACAUAUCUACACAUCGAUGUAUAGAUACAAUUAUUGUCUUACACUUACUAAGUUUAUAAACGCUAUUGUUUUCCUUCUUUCUUCGAAUGGGACUUUAAAAAAAAAUACGAUAUACAUACACCGAAUAAAUAUAUUUGUAUACCCCUAUACAUGCAAAUACACAUAUACGCAGAUAGCUAUACACAGUUUAAAAAAAAAACUGAUCUAUACAUAGAUAUCGAUCCAUAAAUGAAUACACAUGUAUGUCAGUAUAUAACUAUAUACAUACAUACCCAUGCUUACCUACAUACAUACGCAUACACAUAUAUAGAUGGUCAUAUACACCGAGAUAAGCGCAUCAGAGUUAAUUUGUAGGUGAUAUACGUUUCUUGUUUUUUUUUUCCCAAAAACGACUUCACACAACACUUAUUUGUUUCUAAACUAAAACCUGCCCACAGGUGUGCAAACAAUAGAAACCUAUAAAUAAAAGCCAGGAAGAAAGAAAGUGAAAAUGGAUAACAAAAAGAAAUAAGGUGUAAAAACAAUGUUAAAAAGAAAUAUAAACUAAAACAAAAAAUACAAAGAUCCCUUCUUUUCCUAUUAUCCUGUCAAAGGCAACAAUCCUAGGAAUGAAACUUACAUAAGGACCCAGAUUUUAUCAACUCUAUGGAUACUGUUCACUCCAAGAGCAAGUCUGCAGGAAAACCUCUACAGACAUGAAAAUUGGAAUACGGGUCAGUGACUAUUAUGAAUGUAUGCAAAGUUCAACAUGGAUAAAACAAAUAGUGGCCACAAGAUGUAUUGUUUCUACUGAAAAAACCAGAAAUACCUCAUUGUAUUCUGCAUAUAUUUCUAUCAAGAAAAGAAGCCAGCUGAUUCACUAGGAUGAAGUCGAACCGUCGUAAGCAAACAAAACCAAACCGAGUUUCUUAUAGUGCAGAUUUGGAUUCUGGAGAAACUGUAUCAAAACAGUUUGAAAACCCUCCAGACUAUGAUUUGGAAGACUGUGGAGAGAGGCUGACCAAUGAUGAAGACGACACCAGCCAACUGAAGGAAGAGGCUGCUGAUAAUUUCUCUUCUGGCCAAAGUUGUCCCGAACUCUUACCAUCAGUGUCUCCACAACCACAAGUACCACAGUUACAGCAAUUACCUCCCUUACAACUACCACAACAACAACUAGGGCCAGUGCCACUACCACCACCACCACCACCACCACCACCACCAGCAAUACCACUACCACUACCAACAUUACAACAACUACCACCUCAACAGUUACCUCUCCAACCGCCAGCUCCAAUACACAUACCACCACAGUUAUCACCACCACAGCUGUCAACACAGUUAACUCCAUUAACCCCACAACAUAUAGUACCACACCCAUUACCUCCACAGCAAAUAUCACCCUCUCAAAUAUCACCUUCACAGAUAUCACCUCCACAGGUAUCGCCCCAACAUAUACCUGCGCAAAUAUCCCAACAACAGUCUCCAUUACCUUCACCACAUCAUCAACAACACUCACCACCACAGCAACAAUCAACUGUACCUUCACCAACACCACCACUACCACCACCGCCACCACCACCACAACAAUCACAACUACCACCACAACAACAACAACAACAACAACAACAACAACAACCACUGCUGGAACCUGAAAAAGAACUACCACCCCAAGAAAACCACAUCAGUGGUUUGAAACCAGAACAUUGGCAGAUAUUUCCAACUGAAUACCAUCGCUUAGCAAAUGAACUCCAGCAAAGUAUAAAACCACAGUCCAAUGGUCAGAAUGGCUUGGAGCCAACAGGCAUACUUACAAUAGUGCCCACUUCUGUGCCUCUUUCCAGCAUACCAGGCCUUGAUCCCACUGAGGCAGAAUCCAAAGACUCAACUGGUGAACUCAGUAUAAAAAAUGAUGGUACCCGGAUAUUUCAUCCUGAUGCCUACUGUGAAAUAUGUGAUAGAGAAUUUUGUAACAAAUAUUUUCUGAAAACGCAUAAAGCUAACAAGCAUGGUAUCUAUGAGAAUGCACCGUCACCAUUUUCAAUGAACACAUUUCCUUCAAUGAUUCCUCCCCCUCCACCUCAGCAACAGCCGCCUCAAGAGCAAAUUGUCACACCAUCAUCAUAUAGAUUAGAUCCUCAGUCACAGAAUCAGAAAGUAAUUACUGAAGGCAGUGUCAAUCAAGACUUGGAAGACUAUUGUGAGUUAUGUCAGAAGCACUUCUGCAACAAAUACUACCUCAAAAAACACAAACAGGAUGUUCACGGCAUUGCGCCGGAGAGCUGCAACAAUUUCAGACGUAUACGUCCAGUCGACAUCCCUACGUCCGUCGCUGUUACCUCGUCAUCCAUUAUUGUACCUCAGUCCAUGGCCAGCAUGCCUAAUAUGGCUGGUGUUAUGGUGUUGAACCCUUUUGUACCUCCUGUAGCGAUAAUCCCAGCACAGCCUCUGUUGCACCAGCCCCAGCCGCAGAUGCAACCACACAAUAAUUCAGUCCUUUCUCAGCCCAUCGCCACUCCACACAUGGAAGCUGCACCAACACAACAGAUACCAUCUCCUCAACAGAAGCAACAACAAAUGCAAAACCAGCAGCAGAUUCAAAACCAACAACAACAGCAGCAGCCACAACUGCAAAAUCCACAGCAACAACAACUACAGAAUCAACAACAACACUCGCCACUGCAGAACCACCAACAGCAACAUCAGCAACAGCAUUUGCAGAAUCACCAGCAACAAUUACAGACUCAACAAUUGCCGAAUCACCAGCAACAACAGUUGCAAACACAGCAGCAACAGUUACAGAAUCACCAACAAGUGCUGCAGCAGCAAAUACAAAAUCACCAACAACAAAUACAAAACCACCAACAACAACAACAAACGCAACAGCAGCAGCAACCUCUACCACUACCACUUCCACCACCAGCAUCUCAGUCCUCACAAUCGCAGCCACAGCCACCAUCAUCAAGUUCCGCCCCGCCAGCACAACCCAUUGCAAGUGAUGCACUUCGUAGUAUUGGGGUUCUAAAUGCAGAAGCGUACUGUGAGAUUUGUCGUAAAGAGUUCUGCAAUAAAUAUUUCCUAAAGAUCCACAAAGCCAACAUGCAUAAUAUUUAUACUGACGAGAUGAAACCACAGCUACAGCAACCACAAAUUUCGUCCAGAAUAGCUACUGAGCCUGACCAUCCUGAUGUGAAACAGGAACCAGGACUUCUUAGAGACCAAGCAAAAGAAGAUGCAUUGUCUGGGCGUGUAUCUCAGGAGCAAGGAAUGCCUCUUGUCAUGAAACCAAAGGACAUGGGAAUGAAGGAAGCAGAACAGAUGAAGGAGCAAAUGCUCUCCAAAGAAGCUAUUAGUUUAAGCAAGGAUCUCACAAACCUGAAAGAUCCUUCUGUUCUCAAAAAUCUAGCACUUAUGAAGGGGUCUGGAACAAACGAUAUUCCUCAAAAUCUCUUGACAAGUACUGGUGUUAACGUGUCCCAGUCCAGCAUGAUCAGCUCUGUGGUGGGCCUGUCCCAGAACAUUCUUUCAAAUUCCAACAGUGAGUGUUAUGUCACUUACUGCAACAUCUGUAACAGAGAAUUCUCAAGCAAAUACAGCUACCGCAUUCAUCGCAUGAACGUGCAUGGUGUCUUUCAUGAAACACCUUCCAAGAGCCAUCCGCUGGAUGGUCAGUUACCAAGUGACAUGUCUGCACGGAUUAAAUCCAUGCCUGGAUUUGUUGGCAGCGACAUGAGAAAUGGAAACUGUGUCACUGACAGCAGCGGAAUGCCCACACUCUUUGGAAACAUGAUUGCAGCAAAGCUUGCAGAUCGCGUUACCUGCGACAUCUGUAGCAAAGAGUUGUGCAAUAAGUAUUUUCUUAAGAACCACAAGCUAAAAGUACAUGGAAUUGAUAUCAUGUCUGCUGAGAAGGAGAACAAGCAGAGUGAGGGGAAAUCAGUUUCUCCUAAGCUGAAUUUGUUUAAAGAUAAUCAAAAGGAAUACAUACGUGAUAUUAUUCGAGAUCAAGCAAAAGAGCUAGCCUUAUUAGAGAUGCAGAAAGUUGAUAUGAAUGGCAAAGAGUUUCUGACCUCAAUGUGUAAUAUUGAGAAACCUGACCACCAUGAACUGGUGAAAAUGGGCAUUGACCCAGAAGCAUAUUGUGAAAUCUGCAAAAAAGAGCUGUGCAGUAAAUAUUUUCUCCGAACCCAUAAGUUGAACAUUCAUGGCAUCAAGUCAGAUAGAAUUGACAGUAAAACCAUUGACAAGAUGCAGUUACCUCAGCCAAAUAAAAAGUUGAUAAAUAAUUUAGCUGUGAGUAUGAGCAUGGAUGGUUUUCAACCAAAUGAAAGUUUUGAAAAACAUACAUGGCGAUGGAAAGAACCAGUGAAUUCUUCUCGUGUGAUUUGUGACAUCUGUAACAAGGAGUUGUGCAACAAGUAUUUCUUACGAACUCAUAAGCUGAACAAGCAUGGAAUCUUACCAACAGCUGAGGAACAGAAAAUCACUCCAAGCCCUUCCAUGCGGUCUUCUCCCGUAGACAGUGGUAGCAUUGGUAAUGCCUCCCCUGGAAGUCAAAUUGAGAAGCUAUCUGAUGGCUUUUCAAUUUUACCUAACAGCUUGUCAGAUUCCUGCCUCACUAACUCUGAUUCCAAAUUAUUGACCCAGCAUCAACAAAAUCCUGAUGAGGUCAAAAUCAAAACAGAACAGCUUGAUGAUACCCCUGUUAACAAUAGGUAUUACAACCAUUUCACUGAAGUUUGCAAACUGUGUGACCGACGAUUUAAAAAUGAAAAGUGGCUGCAUGCUCAUGUUUUAAAGGAUCAUGGGGUAUCUUUACCUUCAGACAAUAAAUAUGUACCUUUAGAAGCUCAGAUGUGCCAGUUCUGUUUCAAAGUAUUUCCAAAUAGCAUUAGCCUUCAGAUGCAUGUCUUGAAUGAUCAUAAAGCUGAGGUAAGUGCAAAACCUGAUUUUUCACCACCGCAUCACUUUGGUGGUCCUUUGCACAACAGUCUCAGCUGGGGAAAUAGCUUACGAAGAAAGUACUCCCGUGGUGGCAAACCAAAGCUAUACAGUUGUGUUCACUGUGAUUACAAAACAAGGUGGCUUUCAAAUAUAUAUUCUCAUGAAGAACGCAAACAUAGCAUUAUUAAGGGCACUGUUGGGAGGUUCACCUGCAAAACCUGCCUUAAAUCAUUCCUUUAUGAACAUUCUCUCAUCCGCCAUAUCACAGAAUAUCAUGCAAAUGAUAUAAAAGAAUCCCGACCCCGACCAAGAGGCAUCCGUAUCAAAAAGUUUAAGUGUGCCAAAUGUGGCAUUAAAUAUUUGAGUAAGAAAGCAUGUCAGAUGCAUAUAAGGGAAGUGCAUGUUAAAAAAUCCAAGUUGACAUCAGAUGUUGAGCCAUCAGAAGAUAAUGGAUUCUAUUCUUGCAGACAGUGUGAUUUUACAUGCAGUUUUGCAAAAUUGUUGCAAAAGCAUAUGGCUUUUAACCAUGGGCCAAAAAUGUCACCUUCUUCAAUGCCUUCUGAAGAUAUUGAAGAUUUAAAAGAACCCAAUUCAUCUUCUCCUCGAACUCAUAACAACAUCAGUAAUUAUCCUGACGAAGAGCAACUACCUUCAACUAAAGCAACACCUGCAACAGAUAAUGAUGACAACAACAACAACAACAACAACAGCAAUAUUAACAAUAGCAGCAUCAACAACUGUGACAUGGAUUCUACUGAUGAAAAUGAUGGUUAUGGUUGUAGAAGUACUGACAAUAAGUCACAAACUCCUUUUAUUAUGCAAGCAUUUCAUUUAGAAAAUAAUUUAGUGGAUACAAACUUUAUUCCUUCUGUUGUACACAUGCCGGUUCGCCAGCGUGUAACAGAACCUGUUACACUCACUCUCACCUUGGUACCAGCUGAGCCUUAGUAUGAGCUCACAAUCAUUAAAAUUCUUAAACAUACAUCUCAUCCACACUCUCCCACAUGUAUACAAGCAUACAUACAUGUUAGUUUAUCUACUGAUAUUUUACUAGGGAAAUUCAGUCAUAACAGGAAGAAUCUUAACUCCUAAAGAGUGUUAAACUGAGGCAAGAGAAAAUAUACUGCAAACUACCAGAAUGGUGUAGAUCUAUCUAGCAUGAGACUUUGGCUGGUUGAUUGGCUAGUUGCUCUUUGAAAACAGUGUAUUAAAUAAAAGUUUUAUGUGCAAUUUCUCACCCACCUCAACAUUUGCAUUUGGCUUGAUCUAUAUACAGAAUUUGUUUUUUUAUAAAAUAUAACAAAAAAAAAUAAAAUAAAAAAGAUUUUGGAGAAAUAAGAGCAGAGUGAAAGGUCAAGAAAAUAAACCUUUCAUACAUGCAUAUAUAUAUAUGUAUAUAUAUCUAUAUAUCUAAAUAUAUAUACAUACAUGCAUACACACACACACGCGCGUGUGUGUGUGUGUGUGUGCUCUGUAUGUACAGCACAUACAAAACUUGGUUGUUCCUUAGAAGGCAGCAAGACAACCUCUUGUAUAUUCUUAGAUCAUGAAUCUCAGUAUUCUGUAAUUCCAUUAUUAAAAAAAAAAAAAAAGAAUAUAAUUAGUUACCUUUCCUCUCUCUUGCUCUGCCUUUCCAAAACAACAACACUAACAAUAAAACCAACAGCAACAGUAUGCUUAAAGCAAGCAGACAAAAUACAAAGUUUCAGAAAACAUUUCUAACAAAGCCUCAACUACAACACCUAACAAAAA